UAACAAGUCGAUAAAAAGUUGUAUGGAAGAAUUGGUUCUCAGUCUGGACUGAGUUUAUCAUGGUACAAUCUGAUCCUUUUUUUCUGUUUCGAGCGUCAAGAAGUUGAAUAAUUCAAAAUAUUCAUAGAUCCGGAUGAAAUUUCCCACAUCUACAUGUGAUUAACACACCAAUACAACGCUCGUUAAGAAUUAAUUACAAUGUAUCGAAUUUUUUAACAAAUUCUAGAUACAUUCAAAUAUUUAACAAGAUAAUAAAUUAGCUUCAGAUACGCGCGUCAUCUGCAGUCGUUCAGUUAUUCGAGAACUCAAAUUAUGUUUUCAGAUGAUGCUCAAAGAUCGGAAACUAUGCUUCCAUAGCUUCACUGUAUUGAUAUUCAUCACAGCAUUAAUAUGGCAAUUGGAUUAUACAAAAGACUCAAUUCCAGAAAAUAGGUAUAUGGCCGAUGUACAAGAGUACCCACUGAGAUAUUUUUCCAAUUGGAAUGUGGUGAUGCAAUUCAUUUAUUUCUCAAUAGUAUUUAGUCUAGACAUCGAAGAUUAUAUACCCUGGAAAAUCUGGAGCUCCGUUUGGCGGGCAUCACUGAUGCGUAUGAAGGAUUAUGUGUUUUCCACGUUAUUGUUUCCCUUUGCAUCAUUCGUGACUGUGUUUUUCUGGACUUUUUACCUCUACGAUAGGGAACUCGUUUUUCCUGUAAGUGGGGAAUAUUUUUUCACAAAAUAUGCCAACCAUGUUGCCCAUACGGCGGUAGGAAUAUUCGCUGUAUUGGAGCUAUUUUUUACAGGGGAUCAACUGAGAGUGAGCUUCAAAAGUUGCUUCAAUCUAAUAAGCACUGUGACUGCGAUCUAUUACACGCUGUUUUUCUACCAUUAUAUUGAAAAGGGACGGUUUUUGUAUACUAUGUAUAACUUUUACACUUGGUAUCAAACAGCAGGCCUUCUAACAUUGUCAUAUUUAUGGACAAUAUUGAAUUCUUUCAUUGGACUGAGACUUCAGAAACAUAUCAGGGGUGCCAAACCUUCUACUGCUAAGGAUUGAUGUGUGAAGUUGUUGAAUUAUAAAUUAGUAGUCAAUUAUUAUUUUGGUGAUGAGACUGUAAUAUGCUAUGCUCGUCUUUCGAAUGGUUUCUGAAAAGGAGAGUCCUGAUCGAAACGGUAUGAAACAACUUUUAGGAGAGAAAAUAGAGUCGGUUGUCCCGUCAGUAGGACUCUAUACUCCUAAGACUAAGGUCCGGUGUUUGAAAGAUUUUUUCUGGAUGAGGGUGUGUCGUACAACCAUUCUUUGUUGGGAGUAUAAUUAACAGUGCUGUGCCUACACUAGGACACUGUAACAAAGCCUACACAGGACACAACGGCAUAACUACUCACAACCUUUUCUCUUAUCUGGUACAAGCUCUAAGCUUCUGAGAGGUCUCAUGGAGGUUUGGGAGACCUGGAAUAGAAAUCAUUGAGCAUAAAUAAAAAUAAAUAUUACUGAAAAUAUAAUUAUGUUUAUUCAUUCAUAUUUUGUUAAAUGUUGUUUUGUUAGAAAUUCAAAUAUUGUAAUAUAUCUAGUUACUAAUAUAACUUUUUCACUCCUUA